AUGUAGAAUAUAUUCCAUCAUGAUAUUAUUAAGGCUUUAAGAAUUGGUUUUGAGUUUUGCAAAAAAGGUUUAUUGGAAGAUUAAAUAUUGAAAUGCCUAUUAAGAUUAAUUAUUGGAUUUUUUGAUUUAUUGGAAGGCUUUUCUAAAGGUAAAGUGUUAACUUUAUAAACUAAUAAAUAAGUAAGAAAAAAGAAAAAAAAAGAGAAAAAAAAUGCUAAAAGAAAAACACAAUAAUAAGAGGUAGAAGAACUAAACGAUUUUAUAGAAAAAGAUGAACAAGAUGAUGAAGAAGGAGACUUUUUACCUGAUGGAUAAAAGCAAAAAAAGAAAAAGAAAAUAGAAGAAAGUUAAGAAUAAGAAUCACAAAUCUAACAUGAAAAUUAAGAAGACGAAGAUGAUGAAGAAGAUGAGGAUGAAGAUGAAGAUGAUGAUACACCUCAAUUUUAAGAAAGGAAAUAUACUUUACAGUCUGAAUUUGCGAUGUUGGCUGAUUAUUCAAUUAUUGAUAAGGUCUUGUAUUUAAUUAACGAUGAAAAAAUUCUUUACAAUUCUCCAGAAGUUAAUGAGUCUGUCUUUAAGUAUUUGAAUAAAAUUUAAACUCUUUUAUAGGCUGAAUGGUUAUUUUAUUAAGUAGACUUUUUAUGGGUAAUUUAGAGUGUACUUAGUAAUAAAGAAGUUAAUAUGAGAAUCGAGCAUAAAAAACUAGUGGAUUUUUUUAAAAAAAUAGUUAAUAAAUUAUUUGUAAAAAUUGAAGAAAAUAAACUUCUAGUAGUUGAAAUGUUAUUUAGAUUUACAGAUUUUUAACUUAAAAAUUCUAUUCUUAGUAAUUAUUAAGAUAUUGAAUCUAAAUAAAAUAAUGAAUUAAUAGAAACUGCUUUAGAAGAUGAUAAUGAUAUUUUAGAAGAAUAAAGUAAAAAAUGGACAGAAGUAGAGGAUAGAGCUUUAAUUUAUAAUUAUGAAACUUUCAAAAAUCUAGAAAAUUGUUAUGAGUAGCUGUGUUUGAUACUUAAUGGAUUUCGAUCUUAUGAUAAACAACCUUUAGAUGUCAAAAAAAGAAUUAAAUAUUUUAAAUUACAUAAAAAUAAAUUUACUGCAGAAGCUAUAUUUAAAGAUAUUUAUUAAAAUUCUAAAGUAUUACAAUAAUAUAAUUAUAAUAAUUAUAUUAUAAAAAAAAAGGUUUCUGUAGAAAAAGCAAUAUAUAAAUUAAUAAAAAUGAUUUAAAAUAAAGACGAAUAUAAAAUUAACUUUACUUUAGAUGAAUUUAAAUUAUUUAUUGAAUAAAUAUUUAUUAAUUUCAAGGAAUAUUUAUUUUAUUUUGAAGAGUUUUUUAAAAAAAAAAAAAUAUUUUAUUUUAAAACUUAAAUAAAAAAAAAGAGAAUUUCAAUAAUAUACUGA